GGUGCCGGCCAUCCACGGCCUCCCCUCUCGUCUACAGACCCUGACGCCCCUCCUCCCUCCCCGAAACCCUAGCCCCCAAAUCCCCCAUCUCCCUCUCCCUCUCAGAUUCGUUCUGGCCCCUCUUCUCGAUCUGGAGGAAACCGUCACCGCCGUCGCCAUGGGUUCGCCGCCCGCACAGCCACCGAGCCCCCCGCAGCAAUCCACCGCGUCCAUCGGCCCCGCAGUCGACUCCCUCGUCAUCGGCAACAGCGUGUUGGAGUUGGGAGCCCCUGCAUCGCCCUCGAUGCCGCCCUCUUCUUCCUCGGGUCGCCGGCAAAUCUCGGUGAUUCCGGCGAGCCUGCAGCUACUAAGCCGUCACCGGGCCCCCUUGCGCCUCCCCAACCCCGAGGCCGAUGAUGCCCCGGUGAUCGACUACGUCGACGACGACCCUUCUUCCCUUUCACGGAAGCUUCCAGAUGUCAGAGACCAGGAGCCAGAUGCCACCACCGAAGCCUGCUACUACGUGGAGAUCGCUGAUGACCAGGAGUAGUUAGGAGGCUCCCAGGCAGGAGGCCUUGCCUUUUCGAUCGAUGUCGCUUUUGUGCUAGCCUUCUUAAGGCAAACUUGUCUAACUCAUGUCUGUACUCAGAUAUUG